CCGGCUGUGUGCAAUGUAGAGGUUUGUUUUUGUUCCGUUGGUUGGUUCGAAUUUGAGCGUGGUCUCAUUGCCACUAGCUAUGAAACGUCGACCGUUUAAUGUGUUAGUAUAAUUUUUGUUGUUAAAACGGCCAGAAGGUUAAAUGAGAGCUGUGGAUUGAUGUUGUAACGAAAAAAAGAACUGUGUACUCUUCGAUCGUAUCGAAACAGAAAUUCGAGUGUUUUGUUUGCUAAACAGUAGAUUUUAUGUGUGUGUGAUGUGUACGCGCGACUAUAUAAUUGAAUUUUUUACUUCGAUUUAACAUUUUCACCAAGAAAAAAAAGGAAGUGAUUAUCGACGGUGAAAUUAAAUUGUUGUUUGUUUUGAUCGUGUAAUUUUCACCACUCUUCGGUGUUGGCACACACAAUAAUCAAUAUAACAAAAUGUGUGGCGGUAAUUCAGUGGUGGUGCGUUGGAUUGUGAGUGUUGUGCCUGUGUUCUUUGUUCUGUGUAUUCAAUUGGAGCCAGUGUUUUCGAAUCACGUUCAUAAUCAUCACAAUUCGCAUGGUGGUCAACAUUCAAAAUGGUUUCGCACCGAAAUCCUCGACGGAAAUGGUCUAUUUGUAUUGGAUUGGAAAAAAACGCCCAAAGAUAUAAUAUUCCGUGCGACAGUUAAUACGCGCGGCUACGUUGGAUUAGGUUUCUCGUAUAAAAGUGAAAAAAUCGGCGAAUCUGAUAUAAUUCUUGCUUGGAUUGACGACCGUACCGGUGAACCCAACGUUUUGGACUGUCAUGGCACCGGCGGCGAUAACACCAUUCCCGUGCAAGAUGAUACACAAAAUGUAUUGGCUGAAGAGGGCUACCAAAAUGGGACGCAUACGCAAAUUGUAUUUCGACGACCGUUGGAAACAUGUGAUCCGCAUGAUGUAACCAUAACGGGAAACACAAUGAAAUUACUAUGGACGUACAACGAUAAAGAUCCCGUCUAUGGUCACCUGAAGUGGCAUGGUACGUUUAGUGGUGUUCGUUCGAUUCAUAUGCUAACGCCAUUGUGGAAAAAACCGUCCCCCAGCCACAAUGCCAACAACCGCGAUACACGCCAAUGGGACGUUACGGUGAAAAACAUUACCAUCGAAACCGACAUGGACACAUUGUACUGGUGUAAAAUCCUCAAAGCACCCGUUCUGCAAGACAAACAUCACAUCAUUGGCUAUGAAGCGCUACUCACAAAAGAAAAUCAAACAAAAAAGCCAUUGGUUCAUCAUAUGACACUAUUUGAAUGCUCAACGUCAGCGUAUCCGAGCUCCGAUCCACUGUCGUGGGACAUUUGGGUGAAAAGCAGCGGUGCCGUUUGUAAUAGUAACUUAUUAACGCCACGUGAUUGGGACGCCUGCAUUACACCUGUUGCCGUAUGGACUAUCAGUUCGACAGGUCAAUAUUUACCGCAUCACGUGGGAAUCCCAUUUGGUGGUCGUGAUGGUCCCAAAUAUUACAUGUUGGAAAUUCACUACGACAAUCCAAAAGCGAAAAGAAUAAUCGACCAUUCCGGCUUUCGCAUCCAUUAUACCAGACAUCUACGCAAAGUCGACGGCGGUAUGAUGAUAUCUGGUGUUUCAGUGUCUGAUACACAGUUGAUUCCACCACGGCAAAAACUUUAUCGAAACGUUGGAAUCUGUGGCCCAUCGUGUACAUCGACGAUGUUUCCUGAGACUGGAAUAAAGAUUAUAUCGGCGACAUUGCAUUCGCAUGUGGCUGGACGUAAAAUGAAAUUGCGCCAUGUGCGUAACGGCGUCGAAUUGGAUCGCAUUAUUGAAGACGACACUUAUGACUUCAAUUAUCAACAAGUGCGUCAAUUAGAGAAUGAGACGACCAUUUUACCGGGUGACUAUCUAAUUACCGACUGUGCUUAUGAGACAUUGAAUCGAAAGCGGCCCACAUUCGGCGGCUAUUCAACGAAACAAGAAAUGUGCUUAUCGUUCAUCACCUAUUAUCCAAAAAUCGAUUUAGCUGGCUGCUACAGCAUGACGCCAGUAAAGGAAUUUUUCGAAAUAUUUGGUGUCUAUGAAUUCUACUCGAUGAAUAUGACUGACGUGGAAAAUCUGUUUCUCUACAAUGGAAAUGCUCUUGAUUUGUUGCCAACAACGGUUUUCCCGAAUUUCCCGCCCGGUGGUCAUAUCGACGAUGAGAACAAUCAAAAAGCUAUUGAAGCUCUGAAAAAUGCCAAAGAAUACACCAUUGUCACCGAAGAGGAUGCACUCCAACAAGAAUCGAUUUUGAACAAACUCAUCAUAUCAGAUCCGGUGGAAUAUCAUGAUCGAUCAUUUAUGGCUCAUUUAAAUCAAUUGCCGUGGACAGAGCCAUUGUUUACGCGUCGAGUCGAACAAACCGUUCUAACGGGAAAACAUAUGACAUUUUGUCGUGUCUCCAAUGAAAGUAUUUCGGUGGCGGCUGAAAUCAUUCGAUAUCCAAAUUUUACGGCAUUAGUCAAAGAAGCAAGUCAUUGCCCAUAUCAUUAUUUCAUGGAUAAUCUGCAAGCAGCACAGAGCAUCGCCCGCUCCACUCGUAUGCUCGACAAUAGCUUCAUGCUGUCUACAUUGAGUGUGUGCAUAUCGACGUUCACAACAUGGAUUAUUUCACAUUUGUCGGCUGCUUCUUCGCAUUGAACGUCAUGAUGAGAACCAAUGUAUUCUAGACUAAGAAAUGAAUAACCGACAAAAAUAUGCAGUUACAUUUAGUUUAACUUCGUCUGAUUUAUUUUGUCUCAUUUUUUCGGCUACAUAUUUUCUAUCCGCCACAUUGAUUGAUAUGGCUUUUUUUUACUGUCAAGUUGUUGUUUUUGUAUUUGGUCUCUUGACAUUUGAGCUUAUUUCGUCAGUGGUGAGUUAAUUCCACGGCUGGUUGGGAGGAUCAAAACAUCAAAACAAAAUGACAUGAAUUUUAAUACGACAAUAGCACGUUUUCACUGUUGUACAUAAUUACAUUUGAAUGAAUUUCAUAAUUUACGCGGAAUUUUUCAAUUUACAUUCAUGGUUAAUUUAUUGUACAUGAAUAGCACCAUAAGCGUUUCUAUUUAUUAUAGCUUCUAAUAAUUUCUUUUUAAAAAUGAAGUCACAGCUCGAAAACACAUGCAUUUGACAUGUUUUCUUAAAUAGAAUUCCAUUUGGCUCUGUUACUUCAUCGUGACAUUUUCGUUUCGACCUACACACAUGCAUCCAUGCAUCUGUUUCAAUAUUCAGUCUGAUCUCGAUGACACCACACAGAAACACACAUAUUUCUGGAAAAAAACCGACGGCUUGUUCAAAUUAUUUACUUAAUUUGAUUCACAGCCAGACAUCGUUGAAUUUUACAAUCUUUCAACUAUUUGUUAAUUGCAAAUAUGAGCCAAAGAUAAACGUAGAAGGAAUAGUUUUAUUGUAACAAACGACACAUUCAUUGACAUUGUAAUGCAUUUUCAUAGACCAAUAAUCUAAAAUUAAUUUAGCUGAUAGUUGGAUAAGUAUGAAAUAUUUCUUCCAAAGAUAGAAAUAAUAAAAGUUGAUUUGAAAAGAAAAACACGUAUUGUUAGAUAGGCUCAGCGAUGAUAGUCUUACUUAAUUGAAGGAGAAACUAUAUAAAAACAGUUCUAUUUCAUGUUGGAAGUUGAAUAUAAAGAUUAAAAUUAUGGACGAAUUUUAUUUAGAAAUCCUUUCCAUCAUAAAAGGAGAGAGAGAUACGAAGCAGACUUUUUCCAAUCGAUUCGAUACUUGAAAUAAGUCAAUCAUUGACUUUAGACAUAUACAAUUACAGGUUUUUUUUUUCUUUCAUUUUUUAGCCGAUUCAAUAAAUUUGUCAAAAGAAAUUUUUUUGAAAAUAUAAAACAAUAGAUAAACAAAAA